AGGAAAUUAUAUUUCUUUUUUCUGCAUCGGUGCAUUUUCCCUUUUUCUGUGUCCUUCUUUUUUCUUUACUCUAUGCUAAAAGAAGACGUUACGCUUGAAUUUCAAAUCGAUCCUUCCUUUACAGGCAUCUUGCGUGGUGCCGCUCACGAUGAGUCCGAAGGGUGCACGUUGAAAGGCAACUGCGUCGUCAACGUCGUUCGUCCCAUCAAAGUGCGUCGUUUGAUCGUCUGGUUCGAAGGACGAUGUAAAGUGCAAUUGAAAGCGGCCGGCUACUCGGUUCAUCCCACCGAACACACCGAUCGUCGUACGCUUUACACCAAAGAUCAACACUUUAUCGGCCAUGAUGCCGAAAUUCAGAGUUUGGAACCAGGGCGUUACCUGUAUCCUUUCCAAUUCGAGAUUCCUUCCCAUUUACCGGCCAGUUUCCGUGGCAAACGCGGUUACAUUCGUUAUCGACUGUCGGCAGGCAUGUACCGUCCUAUGUUUGCCAACGACAUCACCAUUUCCAAGGAUAUCACCAUCAAACGAUGCUUACUCAACGACCUGGCACCCGCGUCCGAUAUUCUCGAAACCGCACAUGGUCAAGAUCACCCUCAAUGGAUACAGUACAGUGCGACCGCGCCUUGCAUCGCGUAUCGUGAAGGCGGGCUCAUUCGACUCAAUCUGACCAUGCUUUUGCUCCGUCCGGAACUGAUGUCGGUGCGAUCCGUAACCUGUGCUUUGCGCGAACGAGUUCAGUACCGUACAACGGAUCAGCAAGCUCACACGUUGAUUGCCAAGACCGACGAUCUGUUUCCCCUUGGUUACAGUACUUUCUAUCCAUCUCAAGACGAAAACUAUAACCCUGCCGAGAAACACAACUACAAUGCCGUGUUUCGACUCAUUCCCCGUGUGAAUGCCGACACCAACAGUCGCCUCUUACGCGUCACUCACACCUUGGUCGUCAAUAUCAUGCUCGAAGAUAAACAUCAUCCACACGAAUCCGGGGACGAAAGUGCCAGUGAAAGAGAAUCCGAUGUCGAAUCCGAAGACGAGAAAGCGAGUAUUCAGAUGAGCCCGUUUUCUACACCCCCUCCUUCUCAACCCAAUUCUCCACCCAUCAGUCGCGCCUCUUCCUCCUCUUCUCUUUCCUCUCUAUUCUCUUUGACCCGGAAUACUCAUGGUGAUGCCGGCAAAGACGGUAUCUCCAACUUGAAACAACAUGCGCUUCGCAGGAAGAAAAUCCGAUCUGGUCUCACCAUGUGUUCACUGGAAUUGCCUUUGGUUGUCACCUCGCGUGAACAUUUCUGGGACAGUGGUAUGCCCAGUCCUCCCUCCUACGAAACGGGCGAUUUCCCACCAACUUAUGGCCAAACCAUCGAACAGUUGCCCCGAGUACCCCACUACUUGAACGAAGAAGCCUCCGCUUCCUAGGUUUCAUCUUUCUCUUUUUUUCCCACUUAUAUUCUUGUAAACCCCAAUGCUAAUCAAAUACCCAUAUUCUUUCUUCUUUAUUUACCAUCACUUCUAUCUAAUUCACUACUUCCUACUUCAACUCAUAUUU